GAAAGCACGCCGAAGAAGAAAAGAAGUUGUUGGGAACUAUCGAGAACGAAUUGGGUAUUCGUCAAUUCGUUGAAGAAAAUGGUUAUGAUUUAGUUUCAACUACCGAUAAGGACAGAGAAGGAUCUGCAUUUGACUCCAACUUGGAAGAUGCUGAGAUUGUCAUUACAACCCCUUUCUACCCAGCCUACUUGACUAAAGAAAGAAUCGCUAAGGCUCCAAAGUUGAAGGUUGCCAUCACUGCCGGUGUUGGCUCUGACCAUGUUGACUUGAAUGCUGCAAACGAAAAAGGAAUUUCUGUUUUGGAAGUCACUGGAUCCAAUGUUCAAUCAGUUGCUGAACACGUUGUUAUGUCAAUGCUCAUCUUGAUUAGAAACUACAACAUUGGACACUUGCAAGCUACUUCAGGUGGUUGGGAUGUUGCUGCUGUUGCCAAACAAGAGUACGACUUGGAAGGUAAAGUUGUUGCUACUGUUGGUGCUGGAAGAAUUGGAUACCGUGUAUUGGAAAGAUUAGUCCCAUUCAAUGUCAAAAAAUUGUUGUACUACGACUACCAACCAUUGCCAGCUGAAGCAGAAGAAAAAUUAAAUAAAGCAUCAAAAUUAUACAACAACGUUGACGUCAUCGUUGAGAGAGUUGAAAGCUUGGAGGACAUGGUUUCUCAAGCUGAUAUCGUCACUGUUAACUGUCCGUUGCAUGAGCAAACAAGAGGAUUAUUUGACAAGACUUUAAUCUCUAAAAUGAAAAAGGGUUCUUAUCUUGUCAACACCGCAAGAGGUGCUAUUUGUGAUGCUGAUGCUGUUGUAGAAGCUUUGGAGUCUGGCCAUAUUGCUGGUUACGCUGGUGAUGUCUGGAACGUUCAACCUGCACCAAAGGAUCACCCAUGGAGAAAGAUGCACAAUCCAUACGGUCCAGAAUACGGUAACGGUAUGACUCUUCAUGUUUCUGGAACUUCAUUGGAUGCUCAAGCUAGAUACGCUGCUGGUGUCAAACAAAUCUUGACCGAAUACUUCAACAAAAGUUACAAUUACAGACCACAAGACAUUAUCUGUAUCGAUGGUGACUAUGCUACUAAAGCUUACGGCCAACGUGACAAAAAGUAA